AUGACUUUUCCGCUCAUGGAGAAAGUGGCUGAGUGUGCCUGAAAAAGCCUAACCCUUCGUUCCCAUUUCCUAUUAUCAGCGCAAAUAAGCAUGUCUUUCAAUAUACGUCAAAAGCGUAAACAAACAACAAAAGCCUAUCGAUUCUCGGAUAAAGGGAAGAAGCUUAUCAGAUUGACAAGCACGGUCAAUAAGUCGACUGCAAGUGAUAUAACCACGCCAUUCGAAAUUCGAGCAUCAUCACUCCCAGCCAAUUCUUCUCCAUCUGACGGAUGGUCAACUGAUGAUGAGGCGGACGAAGUUGACGAUCAGCCAAGACGUCAGACUGCAGCUGUUAAGCGUGCAGUACGCUGGUCUAGCCUUUUUCCUGCGUUGCUCAAAGCCUAUAGAGAAGGGUAUAAGCAAGCACCGGUCGCAGAGGCACUCGAGCCUGCCACCCAUAAGAUGUGUGGUUGCGCUGCUGAUAAAAAAGCACACAAGGCUGUCACCUGUAUCUUUAAGUGCGGUAUUCGACAGUUUGACAUCGAAUACUGCAAGUCGUGCCCUGACUAUGCUUUGCCUUUGGUGCUAAUGCGCAGUCAUAUGAUUCCUCUGACGCCAAAGGCACCCGGCCAUGCAGUGCAUAUCAAGUUGAUGCAGACAAUCCACAAUUUGCAUUACAUUUGCCGCGUCUCCGUGCACAAUAUUGCAAAAUGGCUACAAGCAGAUUUUGAGCAAGAGGUUCCUGCCUCUCUCAAGUCUCGCUUGAACGAGGUGCUGCCUAUAUUUGGCAGAAUACUUCUAAGCUUGAAAAAGCAGUUGAGGGAAGAGUUUGGCGUAGAGAACGAUGUCUGCCCAGGUUGCAGAUACGUGGAGCACGAAAAGACUGUAGCACUAGACGGAAACUUCCAGCUACGGCGCUUUCGCCAUGUAAAGGAUGUCCAGGAGAUGGCUGUGCCUCUUUUGGCGCGCUUGAAAAGCAAGGCGGAUCGACCAAGGGUCUUGAUCAAACCGGUGCUUUUGCGUGUACCUGUGGUCGCCACGGCUUUCCACUUGCUAUAGUCGAUAUGCGUAGCAAAGGCGAACGGUAUUUAGCUUGCUGUUCCUCAUUUUUGUCAUCAUGUAUAAAGUACUCACUCUAUGUACGUUUAGUUAUACCUAUGUUCUUAGUGUCUUGAAAAAAGUGACAUACAACGAACUGUACGGAAACAACAUUCGUAUUAUG